AUGGACCUGUUGGUCAAAUGGCUGGGAGCAGAGUCGUCGGUUUACGCUCGUAGGCUCCGGGCUGUGCAUAUUGGAAACCCAACCACGGGCCUUCACGCUAUCUGGGAGCGGUUGGAGGAAGCCUACGGCAGCUCCGAAGCGAUAGAGAAUUCGCUCAUGAAAAAAUUAGAAAAGUUUCCAAAAAUUAUCGUGCACAGGACCCAAGUCACUUCGCCGGAAGACCUACGAGGCCAGGUGAAAGCAAGCACUAAGAAUUCGGAUCGAGAGUGCCCCCUACAUAGAAGGCAGCAUAAACUUGGGAACUGCAGAGCAUUUCGACGUAAACCCCUGAGCGAACGAAAACGUCUGCUAGCAGAGUAUAGGGCUUGCUUCAAGUGUUGCUCUACAGCACACAACGCCAAAACCUGCAACUCAACAACCAGGUGCACUGAGUGCGACAGCGAGCAACACGUCACUGCCCUUCAUCCUGAGACAGUGCUCUCACAUCCUCAAUCUACAGUGAUCACUCCACGGGAACAUCACGGGGACCUAUCGAGUGAGGCGUCCGCUCACAUUACAUCAAACUGCACGGAGUUACGCGGAAUUUCCCGUUCCGGAAGAUCAUGCUCGAAGAUAUGCCUCGUCAGGGUGUAUCCAGAGGCUUACCCGGACAAAGCAGUCCGCAUGUACGCGGUUCUCGACGACCAGAGUAACAAAUCGCUGGCAAGACCCGGUUUCUUCGAGCACUUCAACAUACAAGGGUGCCAGUAUCCCUAUAUGCUCAGAACGUGUGCAGGAGUUGUGGAAGCAAUGUGUCGUCGUGCUGAAGGCUACGUUAUUGAAGGCGUCGCCUGCGACAAGGCUCUCCCUUUACCAUCGCUGAUCGAAUGCUACGAGAUCCAUAACAACAGGGACGAAAUUCCUACUUCAGAUGUUGCUCGCCAGCAUGCCCAUCUGAAGACACUGGCCGAAGUCAUUCCGCCCUUGGAUCCCAACGCACAAAUUAUUCUGCUUCUGGGCAGAGACAUUGUACAAGCGCACAAAGUACGUGAGCAGCGCAACGGACCCAACAAUGCUCCUUUUGCUCAGAGACUGGACGUUGGAUGGGUUAUAGUUGGUGACGUUUGCGUGGACAGGCUGCGCACGCAGGGGGUCCAUGCCUUCGCUACUGCCGUGCUGGAAAACGGACGGCCUUCUUGGUUUACGCCGUGCCCCAACCACGUCCUUGUCAAGGAAAUACCGCUGCUUUCGAAAACCACACAGUGUCCGUCAUUCCACGACGACAAACACGACCCGCUGUUCAAAUCGACGUUGGACGGCGAGAAAUUUGCCCCUUCGAUAGGGGAACAACGUUUUCUAAGCCUCAUGGAGAACGGAUUUUACAAGGAUCCUUCAGAUAACUGGGUCGCUCCUUUGCCCUUUCGUGAUCCACGUCCAUAUCUUCCAGACAACCGGGAACAGGCUGUAUCACGUUUCGCUUCCCUACGUCGCACUUUGCAAAGAAAGCCCGAGAUGAAGGAGCACUUUGUCACUUUCAUGCAAGACCUGAUGCAGAAGGGUCACGCCGAGCCUGCCCCACCACGAAGUGAAUCAAGUCCGUGCUGGUACCUUCCAAACUUCGGUGUUUACCACCCACGGAAACCGAAUCAAAUCCGAGUAGUAUUCGACUCAAGUGCGAAGUACCGUGGGGUUUCGCUUAACGACGCUUUGCUCUCGGGAUCAGAUAUGACCAACAACUUGGUCGGAGUGCUGCUCCCUUUCCGUAAAGAGGCUGUCGCCGUAACCGCGGACAUCCAGCGCACGUUUUAUUGCUUCUUCGUACGCGAAGAAGACAGGGACUUCCUUCGGUUUUUCUGGUUCCGUGAAGACGACAUCAAUGGGGAAGUUGGAGAAGACUUUUAUGUGGACGACGGCCUCAAGUCCUUAUCGUCGGAACAUGAAGCAGUCGACCUGCUCGAAAGGACCCAAAGAAUGCUUAUGGGAAGCAAUCUCCGACUCCACAAGAUAGCUUCCAACUCCGUUAACGUCAUGAAGGCUUUCCCGACCGACGACUAUGGUGCCGACUUAAAAGAUCUGGACUUAAAUGGAGCGGAUGUACCAAUGCAACGUAGCCUUGGCCUGAGCUGGCACUUAAAAACUGAUACGUUCACCUUCAGAGCUCCUGCGCAGGAUAGCCCAAACACCCGUCGUGGUGGUAGACUUUUUCUAAGAGACAUGUCUGUUGGGACCACUGACUGGGAUGCCCCCCUCGCUGUGAACCACGGCUGGCAAAGAUGGAAAGACUCGCUGCAAGCUCUCGAGGAUCUGCGGACACCACGCCGGCGCGAGCUGUGCGCUGCAGUGCUCGCUGUCGAAAUCGCAGAGCUAAUCCUGGGCGAAAUUGAUACACCCAUCGAUCAUGUCAGGUUCUACUCUGACAGCAAGGUCGUCCUGGGAUAUAUCUUCAAUGAGCCAAGGCGGUUUUACGUCUACGUGAGCAACCGGGUUAAGCGCAUUCGAAGAACCUCGAAACCGGACCAGUGGCACUACGUCCCAACGGACCAAAAUCCUGCGGAUCACGCCACUAGACCUGUGGCCCCGAGCGCGCUCAUCCGUACGACUUGGCUGACAGGGCCAAAAUUUCUCCAAAGACACGAAUGUAUGAACUCCGAGAAAGACUUCCCGUUAUUCGAACCGGAGGGUGACCCAGACGUCCGGCCGCUAGUGACAGUCUCCGCAACACACAUAGAAAAGCAGUCGCUGGGAGCUCAUCGUUUCGAACGGUUCUCCUCGUGGACUUCUGUUGCACAUCACAUGUUUCGAAGGCCAAGCACAUAA